GUACAUUUUCGGUCGGGAAGAUCAACAAAGUGAGACCGGUGACGAUUUCUUGAAGUUAUCUCACGUCUGUUACACAAAGAGAACAUUCAAAAUGAUGGAAUUAAAUCUUACACGUGUAGACUAUCAGCAGGUGGGGAUCACGUCUCCCAAGACAAUGAGGCUUCUCCCUGCUUCAGGAAAAACACAAAGGAUAGCUGUGGCAGACCAUCAAGGGGUCCUGCAGUGUUUCGGUAUGAAAAAGGGAGAAGUUCAGCAAGUAUUUGCCACUCUGCCGGGACCGAAGAUCAUCCGCCUGGAAGUUGCAGGGCCAGUGGGCGGGGCUAAGGAGAGGAUAUUUGUGGCAUCAGGGCCGGAGGUCAGAGGUUACACAAAGAAGGGCAAAAACUUCCUGACCUUUGACACAAACAUGUCCGAACCAAUACAGUCCAUGUAUGUUGAAGGCUCUGAUCUGUUCACAUGCGGAAACUUCAUCUACAACCACUACCGCGACUGUAAGGACAUCAACCACUUCCUGUGCGGAGAUAAGAUCAAUGAUGUCAUCAACCUGCCCUUGGACAAGAUACCUGAUGUAAUCCCCAUCCUCGCCUGUCAGGACCGCGUGCUUCGAUCACUGCAGCAUUCGGAGUUGCUGUAUGAGGUGGAGGUGCCAGGUCCGCCGGUCGUGCUGGAGCUGUACGGGAACGAUGCCGGUGAUGAGGGUAAUGAGAUCCUGUUCGGUACGUCAGAUGGGAGAGUGGGGCUCGUACAGAUCGGCACACUGGCCCCAACCCACAGAUGGGAGCUUCCCAAUGAGAAGAAGAAUGGAGGUGUGUUGAGUCUGGCCAACUAUGACAUCACAGCCGAUGGCGUGCUGGACCUCCUGGUGGGGAGGGACGACGGUCUCGUGGAGGUGUACAGCUUCGACGAGGCUGAGGAACCCAUCUGGAGAUACAGCCAUACUUGCAGUGAGAGCGUCACGUCGGUACAAGGGGGUGUGGUGACAACACCAGGAUAUGAUGAGAUUGUCUGCUCCACGUAUGCUGGCUGGCUGUUUUCCCUCACAUCGGCUCCAUGUCACAAAGAAACGGGAAAAGAUAUGAUGACAUUUACUUCGGAAGGAAGGGACAAAAUUGUGUCUCUGAGGAAUGAGGUGGACAACCUGCAGCAGAAGGUUCUGGAUGAGAGAGAGAAGUACCAGCAGACGGCCUUCUCCAAGGAUGCUGUGUCAGCUGUCCCCAUCUUCAGCAUCAACGACAAGUUUGUCCUUAAUUGCGAGGAUGCUAGCUACUCCCUCAGCUUGGAACUACAGAUGCCCAUCGACAACGUGCUGCUGCAGAGUGAUGUACCGAUUGACCUCCUGGACGUUGAGAAGAAUUCUGCUGUGGUCAGCUACAGUGCCUGUAAUCCAGAGGAAGGUAACUUUCUGUUGGCAACGUACAGAUGCCAAGCCAACACGACCCGUCUGGAGUUGAAGGUCAGGUCAAUUGAAGGUCAGCAUGGGACACUGCAGGCGUACAUCACACCCCGCAUCCAGCCCAAGACGUGCCAGGUGAAGCAGUAUCCCAUCAAACCCCUCUCCCUGCAUCAGCGAACACACGUGUUUGACACCAGUCGGCCACACAACAGCCUGACCUUGACGGGACAGUUCAGUCUAGCCGAGAUACACUCCUGGGUGUGCUUCUGUCUGCCCGAACUUCCCGACCGCACCCCUGCUGGCGACAGCGUCACCUUCCACUUCGUCUCCACCUUCCUCAGCACCCAGCUGGAGUGCUCGUACAGGAAGGGGGAGGCCGUAUUCAGGUCGGACAACAUCUCCACCAUCUCCAUACUGAAGGAUGUGCUGUCUAAAGAAGCCACCAAGAAGAAGAUCAGGCUAGACAUUACAUAUGACGUGAGUGAUGAGUCCAUUCCCCACACCUUGUCCCUCAUACAUCCCAGACUGGAACAUCAACUCCUGCUGGCAAAGAAAGUUCAACUCGUUGAUGCACUCAAGGAACUGGCUGUCCACGAGAGCGACACAAGUUUCCUGUCAGCCGAGUAUCAGCAGAUACUGAAGGAGGCAGACCAGUUGCAGACAGAGUACAAGAAACAGCCCUGUCACCUGGAGAGGUUGUACGGAAUGAUCACAGACUUGUACAUUGACAAGUUUAAGUUUAAAGGUCAGAAUGUGAAGGGCAAGGUCCCAGCCCUACUGGAAGUACUUGACACUUACGACCUUGAAGGCCUCGUGCAGUUCUUUGAAAAUUCUGCCUGAUUCCUGAUGAGCUCUGCAGGAACAUGUGACUGGCAUCUCACUGAAGACAAACUGGAUUCAGAAAUGUUAGAAGUGGAAGACAGAUCAGACUUCUCGGCAUUGUGGGAUUCUCAUCAUCAAGCCCAAAAUCUCAAUAUGCAUUUUCGCUAGUUUUGUAUCAUUUAUUUGUUCAUUAUGUACUGGUAUCUACAGCCAUGGGUGCUGUUGUACGAAUCAACCUUAGCACUACCACUGUCGUAAGUCUAUAUUAAAGUAUGAGUUACGAUCACCUUAGCGCUAAGAUUGCUCUGUACAAUGCACCCUGGAAGAUAAGCAUCUUGGAUGGAUUGUGCGAGUGCAUUCAAUGCUUGUAUCGUGAGGCAAUAUCUGUACUGUGCAUGUGGAUCCAGAAUGGGGUGGGUGCACUCUCUCAUUUGGAGUAUACUUAUCAUGUUGACAUAUUUAAAACAACUAAAUCAUUUGUUACAUGUUUUCAACAAAAAUAACAAAUAUUUAACUAAUAUUGGGCUUACAAACUCAAGUUGUUUCGCAAAAUCUGUGCCGGCGUUUUUUGUAUUUUGAGUGCUUUUAGGACUGUAAUAAUACUUUGUCAAAAUAUGAUAGAUUUGUCACUAGGCUGUGAUACAAGAUUUAAAGUGAUUGAGUAUGGUAUUAUGCUGCUUUUAGCAAUAGUCCAGCAAUAUCAUGGUGGGGGACACCAGAAAUGGGCUUUACACAUUGUGCCCAUGUGGGGAAUUGAACCUG